AUGAAACACUAAAAGAAGAAGAGCAGACCAAUAAAAAUAAAACAAAAGGCGAAAUGUAGACAUCAUCGUCAUCAUUACAACCAUCACUUACCAGCCCACACACCGAAGCCUAAAUCCCAAAACAAUUCUCUCCCUUCACUUCUUUUUCAACCUUCUUCUCACCUUUUCCCUCUUUUUUUGUUCCAUCUCUUGCUUGUGAACCCUCCUCUACACCCGUCUCCUUUCUCAAGUCUUCCUCUACAAACACACACAUUACCCCCUCCCUCUCUCUCUCUCAAGAGGGUACUUAUUCCACAAAAUAUAUGUUCUUUACACAGCACAAAGGAUGCAAAAUCCUCUCUUUUCAACAAGAUCAUUGAUGCUUCUGUAAUUUAACAUCUGUUUGCUUCUUUUCCCUUUCUUUGCUUUGAAUAAAGGGUAAACUGAUUGGAUAAAUACAUCAAAGAAGAGAAGAAGAAGAAGAAGAAGAGGGUCGGGGGUUUAAGCCCAUGGGUGGCAGAGUCAUCUACUCCCUAAUGUUUUGCUUACUCGGUCUCUUCCUUUCUUCAUCAGGUUCAAGUGUUACAAAAAGGUCAGCAAAUGAGAAUAGUGAACGAGCAGGCCAUGGAUCAAAACAGGCUGUAGUCCUUGUGAAUUCUAUUUACGGCAGCCAAAAGGACAUCACCACCCCGAUAACCACUGUUCCCACAAUAAUUCCCACCACAUCGACUCCCCUGAUAAACCCAAAUUCAGACCCCGAUUCCACAUCGCCCGCUACCAUUACGCCAAUGGUAACCCCAACGUCAACAACAACACCUGUGUCUCCAGGUGCUAGCUGGUGUAUUGCUAGCCCAAGUGCAUCACCAACAGCGUUACAAGUUGCUUUGGAUUAUGCUUGUGGCUAUGGCGGUGCUGAUUGCUCAGCAAUUCUACCUAGUGGAAGCUGUUACAAUCCAAACACUGUUCAUGACCAUGCCUCCUAUGCAUUCAACAGCUAUUAUCAGAAGAAUCCAGUGCCCAGCAGCUGUAAUUUUGGAGGAACUGCUGCUACUACUAGCACUAAUCCAAGUACUGGGACAUGUCAGUUUCCUUCCACUAGCACAAGCUCGUCGGUCUUGAACACCACGAACUCAAAUGGCGCGACUGUUUAUGGUGCAGUGCCUUCAAAUCCUUCCCCAUCGGUAGCUGCCAAAAUUAACGAGAAACCACAUUUUGUGUCUCUGACAUUUAUCAUUUUGUUGCUGGCUAAAUUAACAUCAACUCUGGGCUACAGGGGAUAAACUCACUCGAUUUGUUGCAUUUAUCAUCAUGUUGCUGGCUAAAUGUCGAUCUCUGACAUUUGUAGAUGGUGCUAUACUGAUCUGUUGCUUGCCCUGCUUGCUAGCUAGUCUAUGCUUUUUAGGAGACUAGUGAGCAGCUCAUGUGCAGGAAUGCUGAAUGCUAUGGGGCAUAAUCUCAUGCCUUACUUUUUGGGUUACGAAUUGUAUUUGAUCUGUAAAUUAGUUGCUAGUAGUGAUCAUAUGAAGGGAGGUGGUGUAGAGAAAGAAAUUGCAUUUUGAUGGUGGGGUUUUUUGUGCUGGUAGAAACAAGCAAGAGGAUUGCUCUUCUUUUUGCAGUGUUAGAGAUUUGGCUUCUUUUUUUUUUCUCUAUGUUUUUGUUAAUGAUGAGAAUGAGAAAUUAACUUUGUUCGUUCGCUAAAA